AUGGCGUCUCAUUCGGAGCUGCUAGAAUAUUCGUCUCCAGCUAAACGUCGGAAGAUUGACUGCAACGGUCACGGAACUUCUCAAGGGUCGGAACGCGAUUUCGGUGAUUGCAAAGCGUCGCACGGGACCGUCGACAACGAUCUGGAAGAAACUUUGGGUGGUGACAGUGGAUUUACAGAACUAAGCAACGGAACUAAAUCUGCACCAACUACACCAGACACCAAUCUUGUACCAACACCCUCUCGCACAGAUUCCAUAAGUGAAGAUACCGGUUAUCCACCAGACACAGCAAAUGAAAAGGACGACAUAUCGUCAACAGUAUCGAACUUGUCCGAAUUGUCAGGGCUUUCCGAGCUCUCUGGAGAGGCGGAAGACGGACCACAGUGGAGACCCGUUUCUUCUUGGGUCCAGAAACAAAUGCUGACAGGAGCAGAUCCUAGGGAUCUCCUUCAUCAUCUUCUCAUGGAUUCCACACAGAUACCCGAACAGGUUGAUGACCUCACUCUGUGGAAGAUUAUUUUGAACAUGAUGUCAGAGCCUCCUAGAAGACAAAAACUUCGACAUAUUAAUACACUCAAUGAUGUUGUAAGGCUGAUAAAAUCAAGCCGAAAGAUAAUCGUAUUGACCGGAGCAGGUGUGAGCGUGAGCUGUGGCAUUCCCGACUUCAGAAGUAGAGAUGGAGUUUACUCUAGGCUAGCACAAGAUUUUCCUAAUUUACCCGACCCACAAGCAAUGUUCGAUAUAAAUUACUUCGCACAGGAUCCACGACCGUUUUUCAAAUUCGCUCGCGAAAUUUAUCCUGGUCAAUUUAAGCCCAGCCCCUGCCAUAGGUUUAUCAAGAUGUUGGAUAAGUACAAGAAGUUGCUUAGAAACUACUCGCAAAAUAUAGAUACCCUAGAGCAGGUGGCAGGAAUUGAGAAUGUUAUAGAAUGUCACGGAUCUUUUGCCACAGCAUCCUGUACAAGAUGUAAAUAUCAAGUUAGAGCAGAUGACAUAAGGGAAGAAAUAUUUGCCCAAAAAAUUCCAAUGUGUCCAAAAUGCAAAGCCAAUACUUUACCCUCCAUCACAGAAAUGGAUCCGAAUGAUAAUUACAGAGAUCUAGUCAACCAGGGGAUAAUGAAACCAGAUAUUGUAUUCUUUGGAGAAGGACUUCCCGACGUAUUUCACGACGCUAUGGCUAAGGACAAAGAUGACUGCGAUUUAUUAAUUGUUAUCGGAUCGUCUUUAAAAGUAAGACCAGUAGCAUUGAUUCCAUCUUCCAUUCCGUCUCACGUACCACAGAUUCUCAUAAAUCGAGAACCUCUUCCACAUUUGAAGUUUGACGUAGAGCUACUAGGCGAUGGAGAUGUCAUAAUCAAUCAGUUAUGUCAUUUAAUGGGGGACAACUAUAGUGAAGUUUGUUGGCAAAACAAUCUUCUGAAAGAAGCUACGCAACUUUUACCAUCUCGGUAUACUGCUGACGAUUCGUGGGAACAAAGUCAGGACACUACUACUAAUCACGAAUUUUCUCAAGACAGUGUUGAGCUCAAUCUGAAAUCGCAUCAGGUGUCAACGGAAAGUCAAGACAGUCUCAUGAUCAAUGCAAAUACAACACCUAAGCACUCCGAAAACACAGAUAUCUGUAUUUCCCCAUUUCAUGCCGGUCAUAUGGAAAACGCUGAGGGAUUCACUUUGCUUGGCGAAAGUCCGAAACGACGAUUGGGAGACUCCAGCGUUGAAAGUAGCCCGAAACGAAUGAACUUUGGGAAUAACUCAAGCUCAGAGUUAAUUGAUUCGUCUCUACAGUUGUUGGACAGUAUCGAUUCAAGCCGUGAGUUGGCCUCGCGUAAUGAUCGAUUAAUAUCGGUAGAAUCGACGUCAGAAAAUAAUGGACAGAUUCUCAACUUAGAAGAGUGUCAUGUUGUCCCAAGACUUCUCAACUCAAGCUCAUCGAGUACAAAUGAGUCCACUACCGAAUCACCUGUCACAACGGUUACUUCCACUCCAUCGACAAUAAACAAUUUGUCUGUUUCGACUGAUUGUGACAUUGUAGAUACAGAGAGAAUAAAUUCGAAGGCAAGACAUGUUUCUAUUGACUCAGCGAUGGAUUCUGGGAUGGGAGACAGUUGUAAUAGUGUGGACAGUUCCGAAGAAAAAGUGGUAAUUGAUUCUAACGAAGAAGAAAAUACGAAAAGGAAUGAUUUCGAGAGGCGUUGUUGGCAAGCCAAAGUUAGAGAGAGUCUCGCGGCACGGUUACCAGAUAACUCCUACUACCAAGCUACAGCUGGUAGGUACAUUUUCCCUGGUGCUGAGGUCUAUUCUGAUCCAGAGGACUAUGAUCAUUGUUCCCUUUCGGCAAAUUCUGACAGUUCAGAAAGUGAUAGCGACUCAACUUCUGACGAUGAAGAAGAGACUUGUGCAGAUGAGGAAUUCUCUGAAGGUGCGGAUAUUGACGGAGAAGGUGAAGGGGAGGAGGUUGACUGGGCAAGUAUUCCUUCAAAAGAACUUCAACGCUAGUCUCCAGGAAAUGCUGGAAAUGGUAGUCAAUUCUUAUUGCAACCACCUUGGAGGAUUUGAUCAAAGUUAAAUUUAACUGUCAAAAUCAACGAGCAGAUAUACGAAUACAUAAAAUUGAACUUGCAUUCUACGUUUUCAGCGAUUUAAAAAAAAUUUCUUUCGAUAUUAUUAAACAUUACGAGAAGGAACAUACCUAAGUUCUUAUUCGUAGUGGCUGAUUUUGUUAAAUCAGUUACCAGAAUAUAAAGAGAAAAGAAGAAAAAUAGUAUGUCUGAAGAUUUGCCAAAUUGGAGUACGUAUAUUGAUAGAGUAAUUUUAGUUUACCGGUAAAUCUAAAUUAUUAAUGUUCGUUAUUUUAGGUAGGUAAUAGAAUAACAAUGGCUAAGUGUAUUAAAUUAUUACCCAGUUAAUAAUGGUAGCGCCUAUUUUGUCAAGCGGCGAUAAGACAUGAUAACAAUGGGAACGUUUCCAUUUGAUUUUUUUCAAAAUAAAUAAUAUUUCGCGUUUUCGAGUAUUGCGCGUUCCGAAGAUUAAGUUACGUAUACGCAGAUCUAGUCCCACGGGCGGGUUUUUGAAAAAUCAUUUCAACUCCAACAUUGGAUCGAGUAUUUACAAUUUACUGUUGAAAGAAAUGUUUAUUUUAACAUCGCAUUUAUACUGAUGAUAUAUUAACCUCAGCCGACGAAAUUUGGUAGAAUUUUUUCCUAUGCAAGCCGUGACAUUCAACGGAAACUAAAAUUCUGUAACGUUGCUGGAGGUCUGUAGACAAACGUGGGUUUAAAUUUACGCCGGUUAUUAAUCAAUUUUACGAAAAACACGUUUGUAAUUAAUUCUUGCGUGAUUACGAACUUUGAUGGAAUUUAAUGUUAGUUGAAUGUUGUUAAUUUAUCUGUGAAUAUAUGUAAAUAUCGUUCGUUUUGCUAACACAACUAUAUUUUAUUUGUUAUCAUAUAGUAAUGAUACGAAAGAUAUACCUAUUCAAUUCUUUUUUUUCCGUUAAAUAAUUAAGAGUGAACGGUGAAAAAUAUACAACGGUGGACUAAUUUACGAGUACACUUCAGGGAAUGAAUUCUGAGAACUUAUGAUGCCCAAGUUGAAACACAAUAAAAAUAUUCUUACUCCGAUUUACUGGUCGAAUGUUGUUUUAAUAUUUUUUUCUUAAAGUCUCGGCGAAAAUUUGGAUCUCAAGAAUAAUUUUUUCACCCUUGGUUUAAAGAAUAACCAUUCAUUUCCCAGAAUUUACCCAAAGCAAUGUACUUGUAUUUUGUCGACACAAUGUGACGCACAAUUCACUCUUAAUCACUGUAAAUAUCGUUUGAAUGCAAAUUACGCGAAUAAUCCACUUAAUCAGUUCAACAUUUCGAUCCUCACAUAUUCUGUCAUUAUAAAAUAAUAUUCUAUUUUACUAUUGGCAAAUAAAUGCAGUUAUUACAUACAUACGAUAUAUUUAGGGAUGUAACACUCGUUUCUAUAGGUAAUUCUUAGUUAGGAAUAAAAAAAAAUACA